UACGAGGUUAUAGUGUAUGACGAUGUACUUCAUUGAGGUUAGAAUGAAUUGCGACUAAAUUUGAAAAUCGCCAAGUAUUGAAAUAUCGUGCAACAUAUAUACACAUACCAAUAUUCUAAAAUAUAAAAUAAACAAAUAAUCUGAACGUUAUAUAUCCUUAACGUUAACGCUUAUUUGCAAUCAUGGUAAAAAAGCGAUCCGAAUUUCAGCAGAGUAAGGAGGAACGUAUGUUAAUGGCAAUUGGCGAAAUUAUACAGGAGUUGUUAAAGGCUCAUCAUGAAAAUCGAGAUGUCGAUCUGAACAGGCUAAAAACGCGAAUUGCUUCGAAGUAUGGCUUGGAUUCCUCUCCUAGAUUAGUCGAUAUUAUAGCAGCAGUACCUAGCGAUGCUAAGCAUAUACUUGUACCAAAGCUGAAAGCUAAACCUGUCAGGACAGCUAGUGGGAUCGCCGUGGUAGCAGUUAUGUGUAAACCUCAUAGAUGUCCACAUAUCAAUAUGACAGGUAAUAUCUGUGUGUACUGUCCUGGAGGACCAGAUUCUGAUUUCGAAUACUCCACACAAUCUUAUACCGGAUAUGAGCCUACAUCAAUGAGAGCAAUACGAGCGAGAUAUGAUCCUUUCCUGCAAACUAGACAUCGUGUUGAACAAUUGAAACAAUUAGGACAUAGCGUUGAUAAAGUUGAGUUUAUUGUUAUGGGAGGUACUUUCAUGUCCUUACCAGAGGACUAUAGAGAUUAUUUCAUAAGAAGUUUACACGAUGCAUUGUCUGGCCAUGUAAGCAGUAACGUUGACGAAGCAGUCAAGUUUUCCGAACGUAGCCGCACAAAGUGUAUCGGUAUUACAAUCGAGACUCGGCCUGAUUAUUGUCUCAAGAAGCACCUUUCGGAUAUGUUACGUUAUGGGUGCACACGUCUAGAAAUUGGUGUACAGUCUGUAUACGAAGAUGUAGCGCGUGAUACUAACAGAGGACAUACGGUGCGCGCUGUAUGCGAGAGUUUUCAACUAGCCAAAGAUGCUGGAUUCAAAGUGAUAGCUCACAUGAUGCCGGACUUGCCAAAUGUCGACAUCGAACGAGACAUUUACCAGUUCAUCGAAUUCUUCGAAAAUCCCGCAUUCCGGGCGGACGGAUUGAAGAUUUAUCCGACGUUGGUUAUACGUGGCACCGGCUUGUAUGAACUAUGGAAAACCGGCAGGUACAAAAGUUACGCACCUAGUGUGCUCGUUGAUCUCAUAGCUCGUAUUCUGGCUCUAAUACCACCGUGGACUCGCGUCUAUCGCGUACAGCGCGAUAUACCCAUGCCAUUGGUGAGUUCUGGAGUUGAACACGGGAAUCUUCGUGAACUGGCUUUAGCCAGAAUGAAGGAUCUGGGUACAGACUGCCGUGACGUUAGGACACGCGAAGUCGGCAUUCAGGAAAUACAUCACAAAGUGCAGCCAUACGAAGUUGAGCUUAUACGACGCGAUUAUGUGGCUAGCAACGGGUGGGAGACGUUUUUAUCAUACGAAGAUCCUAUGCAAGAUAUUCUAAUCGGUUUACUCAGGCUGAGGAAGUGCUCUGAAGGAACAUUUAGAUCAGAAUUAAAGGAGAAGACCUCCAUAGUAAGAGAGCUUCAUGUUUACGGCAGUGUGGUGCCUAUUAGCGCUCGAGAUCCUACCAAGUUUCAACAUCAGGGUUUCGGAACUUUGCUUAUGGAAGAAGCUGAACGAAUCGCAAGAGAGGAACAUGAAUCGCACAAAAUUUCUGUAAUUUCAGGUGUAGGCACACGUAACUAUUACAGGAAAUUAGGUUACGAACUUGAUGGCCCGUAUAUGUCCAAAAUGCUUGUAUAACGAAAUAAUAAAGCAGAUAUUUGGAAUAGAA